GCAAGUGAAUUUUUUCACUAUGGCCAGUGAAUUGUUAAAAUCCACUGGCCCUAUGGCAAGUGAAUUAAAAAAAUUCUCGAACCCCUGAGUUAUUAAUAAUAAUUUUUAAAAAACCUGUAAUCAACCAAUUUUCUCAAAUUGUGCUAGCGACUGUACCAAUAUCCGGUGUCGGCCCCACACACUAUUUGUUGACAUUGUACAGUAUGACCGGCAUGUGACUAUAACGUCACCUAUAGUAAUAUAUACCUAAUUCAUGACAGAUACCUGUUGUAACAAGUGUGGCGAUCUGUAUUAACGCAGGAGUAAUUUCACAAUACAUGAACCCUUUCAGUAACGAUCGUUUUGUUUUCAUUAAUAGCCGGGUCGGGUCACUGUCAGUGUUAUGUGGAUUCGAGUACAGAACCGUACCGGUAGUUCUUACAGCAGGUCCGGAUCACUUCAUCGGUUUUACACAUUUUAAGACGGUUAAUGUUUGUUGGGUUUUUUUAUUGUUUAAAUAAGAUACAGAAACAGAUGUAUUUGUGGAUAUUACAACUGAAAUGUGGACACAUCAACAGUGUGAGUGUCUUGUUUGAGUGCGAAUGAUUCACGGGUCCGACUAUUUACCACAAAACGCCCCGAAGUGACAACAAGACUGUGAAGACGGUAGACGACGAAAUGCUCCAAUUGGUGCUACCACAGUGCAGAUGAAUACACCUAAUGAUUUUUCAAACAAUGGCAAUUGCUCACAGACAAAAUGUGCCUUUGACCUGUCUUCAUUUGAUGUAUAUUAGUUAAUUAUCCGACUACAGUUAAUUCACUCAAUUGUCGGCCUACUGUUCUUUAGAUACGAAAAGCAUGGCAGCUUCAUUCUGGCAGCAGCUGAAGACACUGAUGUGGCGUAACUACCUCCUGAAGAGGAAAAACAAGAAACAGCUUUCGCAGGAGAUUUUAUUCCCUGUCUACUUCGUGCUUAUUCUAGCAAUGAUCAAGAUCAUUACCAAGUCUCACACAUUUCCAGCCAUAAAAUUCUACAGGAAUUCGCUGUCCAACAGCAGAUUUCACUUCAAUACCUCCAAGAAACUGUUGGUAUCACCCGACUCAGCAUACGUUCAGACUUUGAUGUCUGUGAUUUCUUCCAUUCUCGAAAAUGUACAGUAUGAGAAUUUUUCCAGUCUAACUGAAGCGGAAGACCGGUACAAAGCAGACCCAACCGAUGUGGCAGCAGGAAUUGUAUUUAAUUUUACAGGAACAGAGACAAGCUAUGCAAUUCGGAUGCCAUACGGAUCUCUACCUUCAGUUGGUGACAUGUUUACUCUAGUCAAGAACCAGGGUGACUGUAGAAGAAGUGAUCUUGGAACCGAAUCGGGACCAACUUGUCGAGCCAACAUGUAUUUAACAUCAGGGUUUGUCUGGCUUCAGAAUGCUAUCGAUGCUGCACUCAUAAAAACGUUUAAUUCCUCGUUUCCCGUGCCCAGUGUUCAAGUUCAGUUGAUGCCUAAGGUCGAGUACACGCCCAAUAUUUCGAUAUUUCAAAUGAUAUCAUCAGUCUACUUCGUAAUGGCAUACUCCAUCCUGAUCAACUUCCUGUGCAUCAGCCUUGUGGCGGAGAAAGAGAAGAAAAUCCGAGAAGGGAUGAAGAUGAUGGGUCUCCGAGAUUCUGCAUGGUGGUUGUCAUGGACACUGGUCUACAUGCUGAUCAUCUUUGUCGUCACGGUGAUCAUGAUCCUGAUCGUCAUGAUAACGUCUUUCUUCCCCAACAGCAACCUGUUGAUUGUGUUCAUGAUGCUGUACCUGUACGGCAUGUCCAUCAUCAGCAUGGCGUUCCUCUUGACCCCGUUCUUCAGGAAGGCCCAGGUGGCCGGAAAUGUGGCCAGCUUCUCCACCAUCAUCAUCAGCUUGCUGUACCUCGCUGUCACCUUCACGCGGACGCCCACCAGCACCGGCUAUGACUACAGCAUUCCACCGGCUGGUCGAUGGGGACUCUGUCUUCUGUCGCCCGUGGCAUUGGCUUUGGCCAUGGACCAGGGGAUAUUUCUGGAUAUUGCUAGUGGAGGCAUGUCAUUUUCCACGAUGACUCUUGGAGAUUUUCCACUGUUUGCUCCUAUCCUGAUGCUCCUCGUUGACAGUUUCAUCUAUUUCUUAUUGGCUGUCUACUUCGACCAUGUUAUUCCUGGAGAGUAUGGUCCUCGGUACAAGCCAUGGUUCUGCUUGAUGCCAUCCUACUGGUUUGGCAAGAAAAAACCCACAGAGUUACCUUCUCUGAUAAAUGGAUACCAGAGGGCAUCACAAAUUGAUUCAGACAAUUUGGAACCAGUACCUGCAGAACUUGCAUCCAAAGCUGGGCUUAGAAUAUUCAACAUUUCUAAAGAGUUUCAAAGUCGUAAGAACACGGUCAAAGCUGUAAAUGAACUGUCUCUGGAUAUAUACGAAGGCCAAAUCACAGCACUGCUUGGUCACAAUGGAGCUGGGAAGACAACUCUGAUUAAUAUGCUUUGUGGAUUAUCUCCUCCUAGUUCAGGAACAGCAACUAUAAAGGGCUUGGACGUUUCUGACAGUGCUGAUAUGGUGAGGAUUCGGGCGAUGACGGGGGUAUGUCCCCAGCACAACAUUCUGUAUGAUGAGCUGUCGUGUGAGGAACACCUUUUGAUCUUCGCUGGCAUCAAGGGUGUAAGAGAUGCAGAUAAAGCCCGUCUGGUUGAGAAAGCGAUGAGAGAUGCGGAUAUUGCUCAUCAAGCUAACGUGGUUUCUAAAAACCUGAGUGGAGGUCAGAAGAGGAAACUGUCGGUCGCUAUUGCCCUCAUUGGGGAUCCUAAGAUCCUGUUUCUUGAUGAACCAACAGCGGGAAUGGACCCAUAUUCUCGGCGCCACCUGUGGUCACUGCUGAAGAAGAGUAAAGAAGGAAAGAUAAUUCUGUUGACAACACAUUUCAUGGAUGAAGCCGACAUACUAGCAGAUCGUAAAGCCAUUAUUAGCCAUGGCAAGUUGAAGUGUUGCGGAUCAUCAUUGUUUCUGAAAAACCGAUUUGGGAUUGGAUAUCAUUUGAACAUGGUGGUGGAUCCUGAUUGCAUUGUGGACAGGGUGUUGGAUCUGCUGAGACAACAUGUGUCUGGUGUACAGCUGAUGAGAUCCCACGCCCAGGAGCUUUCCUUCAUUAUGCCAUUAACAGAAGUUCACAAGUUUCCAGAGAUGUUUUCUAAGCUGGAAUCAUCGACAGAGUCACUUGGCAUUAGAAGUUACGGCGUUUCCAUGACGUCACUGGAGGAAGUGUUUUUGAAAAUAGGUGAAGACGAAGACCAAGAAGAUAUUUCUGGAUUCGUAAAUCCGGCAGACAACCAGAGAGACGAAAACACGGCACAUACUACACCGACACACACACAACCCAGCUCAGGUAACCAAGUAAAUAUCACCAUCCAACAGGCCACCAUCCAACAGGCCACCGACCAACCGACCACCAUUCAUCAGGCCACCGACCAACCGACCACCAUUCAUCAGGCCACCGACCAACCGACCACCAUCCAUCAGGCCACCGACCAACCGACCACCAUCCAUCAGGCCACCGACCAACAGACCACCAUCCAUCAGGCCACCGACCAACAGACCACCGACCAACCGACCACCAUCCAUCAGGCCACUGACCAACAGGACACCGACCAACCGACCACCAUCCAUCAGGACACCGACCAACAGGACACCGACCAACAGGCCACAUAUAAUAGCAUGCUGUCCCAUCUUAACACACACAUCAAAGAUGGCAGCCUUACAGCCCAGAGGUUCUGGGCCCUUCUGAGGAUCAGAUUUCUGUUAAGGAUUCGAAGCAAAAUUGCUUUCUUCUUCCAGACUCUGCUUCCUGUGGCGAUGGUUGUCGCGGGCUGUGUUCUCAGCAAACUGAAUACAUCGGUGGACACCUCCAAGCCAGCUCCGCUGACGAUAAAACCUUUCUACGUGGACCCAAAUACAGCACAUCUUCUUGUCGUUGGUUCAAGAGGAACAAGUCUUCUAGACUCAUUCGUCGAAGGCCUGAAGAAAGUCUACGUGAAUGCCGUCGACCAGGUCAAUCCAACUGUUUCCCUUACCAGUUUGCCAAAACACUGGAUGGGCUUAGAGAUGUUUGUUAUAAUGCCAAUUCCAGCGUUCUCGACCGGGGGUGCAAUCUGUGCACUAGUACUCCUGUUUUUCUCCUUCAUCAUGGCCAAUCUCUUGUUCGCCUACGUUUGCUCAUUCGCGUUCGAUAAGUACGAGACCUGCCAGGCAUUUCUGCCCAAUGUUUUCCUUGUUAUUGGAAUGUUUCCAUAUAUGGCGAUAGCUCUGAUGGACAUGUUCGGUAUGUCUGACAUCGCAGAGAUCCUCCAUUACGUGUUCACAGUCAUCGAUCCGCCAUACAUCAUCUUUGGUGGCAUUUACUACAUCGACAGGGUGUCACGCAUUGACAGGAUCCUACAACAAAGCACUUCGUUUGAGUCAUACUUCAAGUGGAGUAGUAACAUCCUCAUCACAAUCAUUAUGCCUCUGGUUCAUAUUGUACUACUGUACUUGCUCCUGCGAAUUCUGGACAUUAAUAGCACGGGAGGCGACGUCUGCGAAGGAUUGAAGUGUGGUCACAUGAAGGUCCAUGACAUCCCCGAGGAGAACGCCGACAUUAUCGAUGAUGAAGAUGUUGAUGUUGCGGAAGAGCGAAAUCGUGUGGCCAACCUCAGUGAUGUUGCAGAUAAGGCACAGAUUACUGUAUCGUAUGUUCAAAACUUGAGAAAAGAAUUCAAGAAAUAUGGGAAGAUAUCUGGAAUGUUUUAUUUUUGGAAGGCAAAUAAGGCAAAGGUUGUUGUGCGAAAUGCCACAUUCGCUGUGGAUGUUGGCGAAGUGUUUGGUUUGCUCGGACCUAACGGUGCCGGGAAGACGACAACAUUGAAUAUGAUCAUUGCUGAGACUGUGGCAACUAGAGGCAAGGUGAUUGUAGCGGGUCACAACGUCCAUUCCAGUAUGUCUGAAGCAUUUCAGGCACUUGGCUAUUGCCCACAGCAUGAUGCAUUGUGGGACAGCAUCACAUUGAAGGAACACCUGGAAUGCUAUGCAGCGAUAAAGGGAGUUCCUAAAGAAGACAUUGAAUCAGUGGUUGGCUACUACAUUGACAAUUUAAAACUGCUAGAACAUGAAAAGAAAGGAGCUAAGAAAUUGUCUGGUGGCACUCGGCGAAAGGUCAGUUUUGUGAUUAGUAUGCUGGGAGCGCCAGAGAUUGUGCUGCUAGAUGAACCAUCUACUGGAAUGGAUCCACAGUCCAAGAGGUUUUUCUGGGACACGGUCAGUUCGAGUUUCCAGUUGACUGGACGUGGUGCUAUUCUAACAACUCACUCCAUGGAGGAGGCUGAUGCGUUAUGUUCUCGAGUGGCCAUCAUGGUGAACGGUCAGAUACAAUGUCUUGGCCCCACUCAACAUCUGAAGGACAAGUUUGGCAGCGGCUACGUUCUGGAGGUCAAACUGAAGAAUACUGGAGGUGACCUUGACGAGCAGAUGAAUAAACUUGAAGGUCACCUUGCUACAAUCUUCCCUCAGAUUGUCCGUCUGGAGCGGUUUGCCGAACGCGGACAAUACAAGAUCCCCAAGACUGAUGUUAACUUGCUGUCUCGAUCUUUUUCUGCUCUUGAAAGCAUGAAGAAUUCACACAACAUAGAGGAAUACAGCUUCAACCAGUCUACACUUGAACAGAUUUUCCUGGACUUUGCCAAGAAACAGUACACUGAAGACACGAAUGAUCUUGAUAACACAAAUACCACAGAUCUCAUCAAUGCCUCACGAACAGUCAGACAACCGUUAUAGUGGUGAAGUUGCUCAUUUGUAAUUGUCAGAGACUGAGAAAUCCUUCCUAAGAAAAACUCUAAUAAUUUUAGACAUCAGUUGUAAAACUCUUUGAUACUAAUACUGUAAAUCAUUAAAUAUUAGCGAUCUUAAAAUUUAGCGAAAUCCAGAUAAGUGACAUACUUUACGAGUUCGUCGUAUCAGAAACAAAAAACAAGAAGACUAAGCUAUUGAAGGAUCAGCUGAAAUGUAGUUUUUGACCAAAUUUGAUGUUAUGCAGCUUACAGACUAGCCAGUGCACCGUGACUGGUAUAUCAAAGGCUGUGGUAUGUGCUGUCCUGUCUGUGGGAUGGAUGGUGCAUAUAAAAGAUCC